AUGAAGCUCUCUUCUUUUAAUAACCUUUUCACCCUUUUGUUUGCUCUUCUCACGAUUAUCUCUGAGAUUUCAUGUUUACCUACUUCUCAACCAACCAAUCUUCAAGAGGCUACAGCCGCUAGUCCAAAUCCUCUUUUUAAAGCGAGAGCCACUCUCGAGAAAAGAGACACAUUUAGCUGCUCAGGCUCCGCCUUCUGUGGGGUCUACGUUGAUCAAAAAUCCUGUAAGAGUGCGAUCUACCGGUUUGAACCGUGGAUCACUUUCACCGGUGAAACACGUCGCCAAGUAAAGAAUUCCGAGGGCGGCGAUAGAACCCGUAUCGGCUGGUGCCUUGUUAGCUGGAAAUGCGACAAGAAAGAGGACUAUGCUUCCGCGGCGCAGUCUGGUGUUUCAAAAGGUGAUUUCCUUCAAGCUAAGUAUGUGGCUCGCUGA